CACAUUUCCGGUACUCAUGUCGGCGGGGACGACGGCGGCGUGGGUGUGCAGACGCUGUCAGAGCGCAGCGCGUUCUCAUGGCACCAUCGCGAGGCCGACCAUCGCUCGGCAUGCUGGCACACGACCGUACAGCGUGGAGAGUACACAGCAACGCCCGUUGCACCUCGCCAUCAUCGGAGCAGGACCGGCGGGCUUCUAUUCAGCAUACAGACUGCUGAAGAAUCUGCCAGACGCUCGUGUGGACAUGUACGAGGGAUUGCCAUCGCCAUACGGUUUGGUCCGCUUUGGAAUUGCUCCAGACCAUCCAGAAGCAAAGAAAUGCUCAGAGACACUGCCAGAUGUGGCCAAGUAUCCGGGGUUCCAAUACGUUGGCAAUGUUCCCAUCGGCAAUGAGCCGGAUCAGUUGCCACUGACCACUUUAGCACCACACUACGAUGCCGUCUUGUUCGCGUACGGCGCUUCCAAGGACAAGACGUUGAACCUUCCUGGAGAGAGCUUGAGGAACGUUCUUUCCGCAAGAGCGUUCGUAGGCUGGUACAAUGGCCUCCCAGAAUAUGCGGAUCUCAAUCCAGACUUGCAGGCUGGAGAGACUGCGAUCGUGAUCGGGCAAGGAAAUGUUGCUUUGGACGUUACAAGAAUGCUCCUCAUGGACUUGGACGAGCUCAAGAAGACAGACAUCGCCGAGCAUGCUGUAGAGGCUUUGAGCAAGAGCAGAGUGAGAGACGUGAAGAUCAUAGGAAGAAGAGGACCACUGCAGGCGCCAUAUACAAUCAAGGAGCUCAGGGAGCUUAUGAAUCUGCCCAGAGUGGGCUUCGUGCCGCCACCUGAGGGCUGGGAAGAGCUCAUUCAGGUGGAGCGGAAGAAAUUGCCUCGACAACUGAAGCGCAUCGCUGAGUUGCUCGAAAAGGGAAGCAAGACACCGAUCGAGCGAGCAGAAAAGGCCUGGCAGCUAGGAUACCUGAGGUCGCCUACGGAAUUCCUAUCAAGGAACGGAGAUACUCUAGAUGCUGUUGGCUUCGAAAUGACAGAAUACGUGGCGUCCCCUGAGGAUUCAGUCAUUUCUGGCGAUCCCGAACAGACACUGAAUGCUCUUCGUGGACUUCGAGUCAGGGCGGCCGAGCCUGUGAAACGGACAUCAAUUGGAGCAUCACUUGCUUUCCGCAGCAUCGGGUACGAGUCUGAGCCAAUAGCUGGAAUGGACCAAAUCGGCGUGCCAUUCGAUAAGAAAAAGGGCAUUAUACCGAACGAUCGCUAUGGCCGCGUGCUCUCGCCUGAUCUAGGCCCGGGUGAGUUGACUGCAGGCCACGUACCUGGCAUGUACUGCGCAGGCUGGGUGAAGCGUGGGCCCACUGGUGUGAUAGCGAGCACCUUAGACGAUGCCUUCACAACUGCAGAUGUCAUCGUCAGUGACUGGCGGAAGAACGUGAAGUUCAAUGACGGGGUAGGCGAGAAGAAGCGAGGCUGGGAGGAUGUGAAGAAGCUUGCUGAGCAACGGGGAAUGAGGCCGAUCAACUGGCAAGACUGGGAGAAGAUUGACGCUGAAGAGGUCCGAAGGGGACGGGCGAAGGGAAAAGAGAGGGAGAAGUGUAGGACAGCAGAGGAAAUGCUGAAGAUUCUCGAUAGCUGAACUGUCGGCAUCACGAUACGCUUGUACAGAGGUCUCGCUUCACUUGUGAAAGUAGUCCAGGAAGAACCUGCCAGUACAGAUGUAAUGAUAGGCGACGCAGCGAACGAGUUGCGUGUGGACCACGUUGAGUCUCUCACGAGCAACACCUG